AGGUCACAGCUUCUGUGGAAACUAAUAUCGACGUCAGUUACCGUGCAAUUUUCGGCCGGCCGUGUUUACGAACGACACGUUUUACGUAACAAGCUCUCGUGACAGAACAUUGCAUAAAGAUAUUAUUCGAUAUUAUAUUAAGCAUAAUAUCAGCUGAUAUAAUAAUUUAAGUAAAACGUUAACAAGUCAGGAUGUUGUCGGUGUGGACCAGGACAAUGCGCGGCGGGCGCGCCCUCGAGCGGUCCCUGGCAAGUACAGUGGAGCUCCCGAAGAUUCAAGACUUCGGGGUUCAAAACGAGCCCGUCUUAGAAUACCGGAAGGGAAGCAAGGAGCGCGAUGCUCUGGUGAAGGAGCUCCAGCAGACAGCCGCCGUCACCGAAGAGGUGCCUAUCGUCAUCGGCGGCGAGUGCAUCAAGGAUGGCGAACCUCGCUACCAGGUCAUGCCACAUGAUCACUCGAAAAAGAUUGCAAAGUUCUACUACGCCAGUGAGAAAACUAUUCAAAAAGCUAUCAAGGUGUCUGUAGACGCCCAAGCGCGCUGGGACCGCAGUCCUCUGCAAGAGCGAAUCCGCAUCUGGCAAUCUGCGGCCGAACUGAUGGCCGGAGCCUACAGGCAGAAGCUGAAUGCUGCUACUAUGCUUGGACAGUCAAAGAGUGUUGUUCAAGCUGAAAUUGAUUCUGCAGCUGAGCUGAUUGACUUCUUUAGAUUUAAUGUGUACUUCUUGAAGGAGAAUGCGAAGUAUCAACCCAUUUCCGAAAAUCCCUCAGUUACAAGAAAUUCCCUCAGGUUCCGUGGUAUUGACGGGUUCAUAGCAGCAAUCAGUCCUUUCAACUUUACUGCUAUUGGAGGCAACUUGGCGUACACCCCAGCUCUUAUGGGUAACGGUGUCGUGUGGAAACCUUCGGACACAGCGUUGUUGUCAAACUGGAGGAUUUUCAACAUCAUGCGGGAAGCUGGCAUCCCCGAUGGUGUAGUCAAUUUUGUUCCUGCUGAUGGUCCUACUUUCGGUCGCAUCAUCACCUCCUCUCCAAGCCUUGCUGGCAUUAACUUCACUGGAUCUGUGCCCACUUUUAACUGGCUCUGGAAUGAAGUCGGCAAGAACCUGAAGCACUAUCAUAACUAUCCUAGACUCAUUGGAGAAUGUGGAGGGAAAAAUUAUCACUUUGUCCAUCCAUCUGCGGAUGUUCAAACUGUGGUCAACGCUACUAUUCGCUCUGCGUUUGAAUAUUGCGGUCAGAAGUGCUCGGCCUGCUCAAGAAUUUAUGUUCCUAAAUCCCUCGCUGAGGCAAUUAAGCAUGGACUUCUAGUGGAACGCGCGAAGCUCAAGAUUGGUGAUCCAACUGACUUUAAAAUUUUCUCAGCAGCUGUAAUUGAUGACAAGGCUUUUGACAGGAUCACGGGCUAUAUCAAAAAUGCUAAAAAGAACUCGAAGAACACUAUUCUUGGCGGUGGUGAAUUCGAUAACAGUAAGGGCUAUUUCGUGCAGCCCACUAUUAUUGAAACCUCGGACCCCCACGACAAGCUCAUGACGGAGGAAAUCUUUGGCCCCGUGCUCGCUAUGUAUGUGUAUGACGACGCUGAUGUUGAUAAGACCAUGGCUCUUAUUGGUUCAUCCACUAAGUUUGCUUUGACUGGGGCAGUGUUCUCCAAGGACAAGGCUUUCCUACAGAAGGCUCUGCAGGAGCUUAAGAUGACUGCGGGUAAUUUCUAUCUGAAUGACAAGUCCACAGGAUCUGUGGUUGGACAGCAGCCAUUCGGCGGGGGCCGUAUGUCCGGGACCAAUGACAAGGCGGGUGGCCCCGGCUAUGUCAUGCGGUGGACCUCACCGCAGUCAAUCAAGGAAACCUUUGUUCCGCUGACGGACAUUGACUAUCCCUACAUGAGAGAUUAAUUUCACCUACAAGCUUGUUCCUUUGAUAUCAGUACAAUAAUAAUAACUCAAGACAUAUUCAAUAAUUAUUGUUAUUACCUAGAUAAGAUGCGCUAAAUAAUUAGGCUUAAUAGAUGUUCUAAAUGUUUCUCGUGAUGUAACUUUAAAGUAUUAUUAUUUUGUUGAAGUAUGUACUGAUUUAAAAGGUUUAUAUAAAUAGUGUUAUUUCAACUGAAGUUUAUUGAACAAGAAGCUAUAAAUUUUGUAAACACAUUUAACAUUGAAGCCUUUAGAUUCAACCAAAACAACAAUUUGGUUAUGUUUUCAUAGAUGUAAUGAUCAUGUGAAGAAUGUUACUGUUCUCAAAUGAUCUCGCAUAACAGUUUCACCUUUAAGUAUUUGGAGUAACAGAUUACUUCAAAAUUAUAAUCAAUAUUUUUUUCGACUCAGACACCACCUCAGAGUACUUUUUAGAUUUUGAGUUAAACUCGUUAAUUUGAGUAAAUUGCCUUUAAGCAGUAGCAGUUCCUAAUUUACAAAAAAUAUAGCUUCUAAUGGCGAGGACUUCAAUGAGUUAUUGAGUAGUUUACUAAUACAAUGAACAAUGGAUGUAUAAUUCAAAUAUGAACUUGUUUGUGUAUUUAUAGGUAAUAAUAGAAUACUAUACCUGUUAGGUGAAGUAGAAACACUUGAAUUGUAGAGUUAAUGGCUGUUUAGGUGACAUGAUGUAACUAAUUGUGUGAUAUAAGUUAUAAACGCACGGCGUCUCCCCUCGCUUGCUAUCGCCUUGUGACUGUCUUAUCAGACUGGUAUUUGCUCUUUCAUAAUCUCUGUUACUGUUAUUUAUCUAUGUUAUUUUCAGCUUUCCAUGCUCUCUGACACAAACUAUUGCAUUUAACUUAAUUUGCAUUCAACGUCUUUAUUUCACAUUUGUUAUAAUAUGGAAAAUCCAUUGUUAUGUUUAUUUGUUUUUAUUUUAUCAUUUCAGGUGCUAGUUCCUGUUACUUGUUUGUAUGCUAAGUUUUAAAAUUCCAAUAAAUAUAUUGAUAUAAAUA